UCUAAAAAUUUUAUUUACUAAAAUUUUGGACAGUCGCAUUCCUCUUUUGCUAUCAUUCCCCUUUCAUUAUGAAGAGACUCUCUUCAUUCCCCUUCUCUACUAAAAUUUUAUAAAUUUGUGCUUCGAUUCCUCUUGUUGUCUUCACCAUCUACCGUCAUCUUCAACAACUCUGAUUAUCUUUGCAAGUCUUCUAUCGUAAAAGAGAAACAAAGUGACUCUGGCCGAACUUGAUGCCGGGCUUCUUCUCGGUGGAUUGCCAUUAUCAUUUUCUAGUGAGAUGAAAUAUUAGGAUCUUUUUAAAUAAACUUCCUUUUGAGAUUGCUUGGUUACAAAAGUAAAAGAGAAACAAAGUGACUCUGGCCGAAGAUGAUGCAAGGCUUCUCUACGUCUGCCAUUAUCCUUUUUUAGGUUGUGAAUGAGUUCUUAAGGAGAUGAGAUGAGUCAGAAUGGUUAGCCUUUGUGAUUUGGAAUUUGGGUUCGAAGUUCAAUUUGGUUUUGGUGCUUUGCUGUCUAUAUCACCACUCUUUCCAAAAAAAUAUUAAAUUGUUUUGGCCAAAUCAGGCUAUGCUGCAGUCUCUGAAUCAGUGGCAUUACUAACUGAUUAUGCUUUACGUCUAUCAAAUGAUGGAGACAAGGUCUUUUGGAAAGAGUCUUAGAAAUCCCAUGUCCUUUUGGCCAACUGAGAUGAGUAGAACGAUCUUAUUUGCUCUAGUCUCCAUUGUCAGCUCUCAUAUUAGAUGCAAUUUCACCAAUUUUGCUAGAAAUAUCUGCUGCCUGAAGUGCAAAGCUGAGGGACCAAAGAAGUCAGGAGAAAGUGAUAUUGAAAUGAAGAAAGGUAAUUGGAAUUGUCCAAAGAAUAUGUUGCCACUCGAUGGUGUCGUGCUCCAGAACUCUGUGGGUCAAUUUUUCUCAAAAUACACUCCUGCAAUAGAUAUUUGGAGCAUAGGAUGUAUUUGCUUAAAUGCUUACAGGAAAACUAGGGUUUCGUUGGGAAAAUUGAUACACCAAUUGGAUCUCAUGACUGAUUUGCUUGGCACACCACCCUCCCCAGUCGAAUCCACUGGAAGGAUGCUAAAGAAGCUAAGCAAACAAUUACAUGGCAAGGAUUGGAAUUUGAACAACUUAAACACAUUAUAUAUGUUGGGAAAUAGGGUCUAUAUUUGGAUUUGAUUAUGACUGUGUUGAUUCUUUAUGACUAUGUCUUUCUUCAAUUUUUUCUAGUUGACUAUUUAUACUCUGGCUUGGAGCUUUUAGAGUUUCAUUUGGGGUCUGAGACUGUAAUGCAUGUACAGUACAAAGUCACUAUUAGUAAGUAUAGCACAUACUUUAAUCUUAGCACUAGACCUCAUAUAUAUAUAAUUUAGUUAAAUCAAUUAGUUUAGUUAAGUUAUUGAGAGUAAUUUUGAGUUAGUACUGGACCUUAUAUGCCUAAAUUAGUUGAAAUAGAUAGUUUAUUUAAGUAUAGAAAUGUAUCUUACUUUUCUUGAUUCUUCUUUGUGGCAUGUAUAUAUUGGUGCCACUGAGAGAGCUAGUGUGAAAUAUGUCUUCACUCACUUCAACACUGAUAAUGAGAAAGGAAUCGGCGAAUCGGUGACCCCAAUUUUUGUUCUAUGUAACAGAAGGGCCAAACUAAUUCUUCUUGUUUUUCUUAUUAUUGUAAAACACUUGCACUAUUCUUAAUUUUGAAGGCUUUGUGUUGGGCAGCUGUAGAAUAUUUUGUGUUGAAAGUAGUAACUUUUCAAUAUGUUGAAUAUUUAAGAAUACUUAAAUACUUAAAGAACAUUUUGUUGCU